CGAAAAUUGUGUAGAAUUAGUGUGGCAAAAAAUGAAAAGUGCUGUAUUGAUCACAGGAGCGUCGAGGGGCUUCGGCCGCUGCCUCACGCUCGACUUUGCGCGCCUGCUCAAGGCUCAGAGCAUUGAUCUGCACUUGUGGGCUCGCAGUGAGGCUGAUCUGAAAGAAACUGAGCGUUUGGCACGUGGAGAAUGGGAAAAACAAGCUGCUACGGGUGAGCUGAAGUGCUUCCUACAACCAGUGGAUCUGGGCAACUCAGUGGACUACAUGACCAAGGUGGAUCAGGUGCUACUGCAGCUAGCAGAACAGAGCUACGACCGAGUGUACCUCGUGCACAACGCAGGAUCUUUGGGUCAGCUUGGAUUGGUCCAGGAAUGUGCGUCCUCCCCGAUAGAACUAGCCCAGUACUGGGAACUCAACGUCACUUCGGUAUUGUGGCUUAACAAGCAGUUCCUGGACAUGUUUGGAGCCUCCAGGGACGAGCUGCUGGCGCCUGCUGCAUCCUCGAAUGAGAAGCACACCCAACUCGUGAUUGUCAAUGUCACGUCACUCUGCGGUAUUGAACCAUUCAAGACGCACAUGUUAUACUGCACUGGCAAAGCGGCGCGUGAGAUGCACCACCGAGUGAUUGCCACGGAGCAGGCGGCGGUCGGCAAGGUGCGCGUGCUCCAGUACUCGCCUGGACCGAUGGACACGGACAUGCAGAAGACACUUCGCGAGACGCCGCAAUUAGAUCCGGAGCUUCGUAAGCAGUUCGCAGACAUGAAGGCGCAAGGAACGCUCAUCCCACCAGCUCAAUCAUCGGAACGCGGCGUGAAGCUUGCCAUCAGCGGGGACUACGAGACUGGGGCCCAUGUUGACUUCUACGAUCUCGAUCCUCCGAGCAAGAAGUAGCUUGAUUGUGGAGAGGCUCAGCAUUUCGUCACUGAAAGUUAUUUGACACCGCGUUUUGUUAUCGAUACAUGCUCAAACUACAUGCAAGUAGUAUCUGAGAACGGAGCGUCGACCGGAGCUCACACGUUAUUGAGAAUGAAGGCAAUUUUUCUUAAGAUUGGAAUUACACUAUUCUUUCUAGGCCGAACGCCAAAUAAAUAGUUCAUCAUCACCGGUGAUUCACCGA